CUGCUCUCGCAACCCCACCUUGUCUCUACCUCCAUUGACCCCGACGGCCGCAGCAACCAGACACCCUCCAUUGGCCCUCCAACCACCUCUUCGGCUCACAAGCCGCCCGGUCGGCUGAUUGGCGUCGCUUCAUUGCCCACCAGUCCGUUGGCCAAUCGUCGCCCUGGACUCGGUUGGCCGGACGAAAUGGAUGCAACUGACCUGCUUAGCGAGUGA